UAAGAGGACCAUCUCCAUGCAAUCCAAACUUUGUAAAAGACCCAUGUGCCCUCAAGAUAUUUCUAUUUAAGGGACCAUCUCCUUGCAAUCCCUGCAACCGCUCCCACAAAAAUGGCAUCACUUCCCCAAUGGUUGGAGAAGCCUUCCUUCCUAGGAUUUAUUUUCUUUUCUCUCUCUUCAAUACUCUUGUUUCUCUCUCUAACUCGGAGUAAGAGAGAGAAAGGCACCACCCCAAAAGCCAAGCUGCCUCCUGGACCCCCUAAGCUCCCCUUAAUAGGCAACCUGCACCAACUAUCAAAGCUUGCACAUCGCUCUCUUAGAGACCUAGCCCUAAAGUAUGGUCCUCUCAUGUUCUUGCAGCUAGGUCAAGUCCCAACCCUUGUGGUGUCUUCUCCUGCCAUGGCCAAGGCAGUCAUGAAAACCCAUGAUCUCUCUUUUGCAAGCAGACCUCAGGUCAACUCUGCGAAGCAUAUUCUCUACAACAGUACUGACAUAGCUUUCUCUCCCUAUGGCUCCUACUGGAGAAAUAUGAGAAAGAUCUGUAUCCUGGAGUUGCUCAGCGUCAAGAGAGUGGAGUCGUUCCGGUUCGUGAGAAUGGAGGAAGUCGCGCGCAUGGUGGAAACGAUCGAGAGAUCGAAGGGUGCCGUUAACCUUAGCCAACUCUUCCUCUCUCUCACCAACAAUAUAAUUGGUAGGGUCGCCUUCGGCAAGAGCUAUGACAAGUUCUAUGAGGUACUAAAUGAGGUACAGAUUCUAUUGGGAGGAUUCAGUCUUGGUGAUCAAUUCCCAUCGUUGGACUGGAUCGACGUGCUUACUGGAAUUCGGGCACGCCAGAAGAAGACUUUCAGGACAUUGGAUGCUUUUAUGGAGAUGGUGAUAGAGGACCACCUUGAUCCUUACACCAGACCUUCAAACGAUGAACAUAAGGACUUCGUCGAUGUUUUGCUGGAAGUGCAGAAGCGAGCUGAUCUCGAUUUCCCUUUCACUCGGGACAACCUUAAAGCCGUCAUCUUGGACAUGUUUGGGGCUGGAACUGAGACCACUGCGACAGUCCUAGAGUGGACGAUGACAGAGUUAAUGAAGAACCCCAAUGUGAUGAAGAAAGCCCAAGACGAAGUACGAAAGAUCGCCAAUGGCCGACAAACUAUCGGCGAGAACGACCUUCCCGAGCUCGAGUACUUGAAGCUCGUGAUGAAGGAGAGCAUGAGACUGCACGCACCAGUCCCCCUGCUCCUGCCACGAGAGUCUCUAGAGAAAUGCAGCAUCAAUGGCUAUGAAAUACCUAAAGGGACUAAGGUGAUCAUCAAUGCAUGGGCGAUAAGCCGGCACGCCGAGACUUGGGCGAGCCCGGAGGAGUUCAGACCCGAAAGGUUUAUCGAGUCUUCCAUAGAUUAUAAGGGUCAGGAUUUCGAGUUUAUUCCUUUUGGGGCAGGUAGGAGAGGGUGUCCUGGCAUAGCUUUUGGUGUGGCCUCUCUUGAGCUUGCUCUCGCCAACCUUUUGCUUCAUUUUGACUGGGAAUUGCCUCAUGGGAUGAGCCCAAAUGACAUGGACAUGGCUGAGAUAUUUGGGCUCACCAUGCACAGGAAAGUUCCUCUCUCUCUUAUCGCUAUCCCUCACCGCCAAUUUCUCUGAGUUAGUUAUCAUCAUCAUCCAACCUUUAUUUCAAUUAUUUAGGGCGGGCUACAUGAAUUUUGUUCUCACGCUUGUGUGUUCAAAUCCGUAUUUUGAUUAUUUUGGAAGAGAUCCAUGAAUCUUGUUUUUUCGCUUGUGCGAAUUCAUAUUUUUAUUUUAAUUAUUUAGGAUGAGCUACAUGAAUCUUGUUCCUUCCGUUAUGUGUUCAGAAUCAAUACUAUUAGAUAUUUAACCCUAGAAAUGUAAUAAAAAGUUCAGUAGUAAAAUAUGUGGGUUGUUUCA